AUGAAUGCUGAAAAUUUGUCCAAAGUAAUUUCUCCUAAUAUUUAUCCUUGUGAUAAUACAUCACUUGAUAUAGAAAAGUUAACUAAAACAGUCAAAUUUAUGAUAGAGAAUUAUGACAUAGUCUUUAGACCAAUUAAAACAGAAAUAAAUAAACUUUAUAAAGAUGGAGAAACUGAACGACUAAAAAGGUUAAAAUUUGAAAGUAAAAUGUUACAAGGCUCUUUAAAUGAUAGAGACAUUUCUGUUUCAAGGUUAUUUGAAUCGACAAAAGAAAAUUCAGUAGUAUUAACGCUUAUAGAUAUCUUAAGACAAGGAGAAGCAGAAAUCGAAGAAGGAAAGAAAGUAUAUAAAAGAUGGGUUGUAUUAAAAAGCAAAACAAUGAUGUUAUUUAAAGAGAAAGGACAAGCCAAAGCAGAAAUUGUUAUACCAUUACUUGAAUGUUUUGUUACUGAAACUAUGAAAGGAACUGUAAUUAAUAUUUCAUUGAAUGAAAAACAUUACUAUUCAAUUACAUUCAUUAAUAAUCACAAAAAAUGGGUAAAAUUAAUUAAAUCAUGUUUGAAACCAGAUUCAAAAUAA